AUGUCCGAGCUUCUCGAAUUCCUACGAAUGCACGAGGAAGCCUUCCGUAGUCGUUCCCGCCUAGCAUCUCUCUACUGCGACUUCCGCUACCAACGAUCCACGAACCCAGAUGGCUAUACCGCAAACUCAUCGGCGUGGUUGCGUGCUCUAUCUUCCGCGGCGAAAGCAGGCUUGAUCCCGGCCCCAGCUGGACAACAUGGAACCGAUAGAUUCGUGAUACAGAGUGGAGAAGAGCUGUUGAGAGAAUUGCAGACACAGGAAUUUGGAUGGCCACUCGCGCUGGGUGCCGUGCUAGAAGAUGCUGUCAAGAGGAAAGAGCUGAUACCGCUGAGGGAGUUUCUGGAUAGGAAGGAUAGUGUCUAUGCGAAGAGCUGGAUACCGAGUCCGCUGGAUGUCGUCAAAUGGGGGUUGAGACAGCUGGGUAUGCUGGGAGACGGGAGUAGUGCGCAGGAUCGGCUGGUGAGAGGGGAGUUUGUGGUCGUUGGGAAUGCCGAAACUGCUGCAAAAGCAGUACUAGAGGAGGCAUCACGAUCGGCUGUGUCAAAUACUAGCAGGGUCUUCUCCAAGGACUUGUUCAGUACCACAUUCGCAAAGACACUAUGCAUGGACACCAUCAGUCGCAACGACCUCGACGUCCUCCUCCGACACCUCCAACGCGACCGAUCAGCAAUCGCCUACAACGCAACCUCCGGCAUCAUCAAAUUCAAAGCCUCCAACGAACCCGACCCCUCCCCAAUCAACCCAGAAGACGAAUCAAUCGCCUCCCUUCGCACCCUCAUCUCCUCUCUCGAACCCCAAAUCGACGCCCUCACGACCCGCAUCUCCUCCCUCGACCUCACAGCCCGCACAGCAGUCUCGCAAAAACAACUCACCACCGCCAAAACCGCCCUCCGCCAGAAGAAACUCGCCGAUACCCGCCUCCAACAACGCACCUCAACUCUCGCCCAGCUCGAAGAUGUAUACGCCAAGAUCGAGCAAGCCGCAGACCAGGUCGAGAUUGUGAGGGUCAUGGAGGCUUCAGGGCAGGCAUUGAAGAGUUUGAAUAAGCAGACGGGUGGAGUGGAGAGGGUGCAGGAUGUUAUGGAGGGGUUGAGGGAGGAGAUGAUGAGUGUGGAGGAGAUUGGGGAGGCGAUUGGUGAGGUUGGGGUGGAAGGGGUUGAUGAGGGUGAGGUGGAGGAUGAGUUGGAGGCGUUGGAGAGGGUGGAGAGGGAGAAGCAGGAGGCUAUUGAGAAGGUGGAGAGCGAGAAGAAGGAAACUGUUGAGGAGGCAGAGAGGGAGAAGAGGGAGGCUGAAGAGGCUGAGGCGACGAGGUUGAGGUUGGCGGAGCUGGAUAAGGUGGGCGAAAAGACAGAAGCUGAGAAGGAGCCUGAGACGGAGCACGAACCGCGGACAGAUGCAGAGAAGAUAACAGCAUAG